AUGGCUUGUUCUGAUGGUGAGGCUGAGCACCAAUGGAUACAGAGUGUCAAGUCAGGAGGAGCAGUUCCUUGUCUACCGCCCGAAAACUGUCCUAAUGGUUGGGCUACUCCUCCUGGUGACACUUCUAUGGUCAGAGGCCCAGAAUAUUUUGCAACCAAGGCAAAAAUACCUGGUGGGGAGUAUCUUCUGAAGCCUCUUGGAGUUGAUUGGAUCAAAGGCCCAGUAAAAAUCUGUGAGGUCCUGAAAAACAGGAACCAUCGUGUGAGGAAAGCCAUCGAUGAGGAGGUUUCUCACGGCAAUAAACCUUUUGUCUGGGCCUUCAACUUGCAACUGCCCAGCAAGGAGAACUACAGCGCGAUAUUUUACUUUGUCUCACUGGAACCUGCACCCGAGGGCUCGCUGAUGGAUCAAUUCCUUAAAGGGGACGAUGCUCUCCGUAAAUCCAGGCUUAAACUGAUAGCAAACAUAGUUAAGGGGCCCUGGAUUGUCCGAAAAGCUGUGGGUGAACAAGCCAUCUGCAUACUUGGCAGAGCACUUUCGUGCAAGUAUGUCGAGGGAUCAAACUUCAUCGAAGUUGAUGUGGAUAUUGGGUCUUCCAUAGUUGCAAAUGCAAUUGUUCAUCUGGCAUUUGGUUACGUGGCGACACUGACUAUAGAUUUAGCAUUUGUUAUUGAGAGUCAAGCUGAAUCAGAGCUCCCCGAGAGACUUCUUGGAGCUGUAAGGUUCUCUGAGUUGAGUCCGGGAUCAGCUGGUGUGUACGAAGUGCCAUCUGAAGAGCAGCAGGAAAUUGCUCCAAUUCUGCCUUCAAGAUUAUGGCGGAGUUUUACCCAACUGCUACAGAACCCAGGCAACUCAAUGCAGCCGUCGCCUAGCUCAGAAAACACUAAUGGAAACUUUCACAAGGAAGAUGCUGGUAACAACGAUAAUUGGAUCAUUCCCCUGUAG